GGUUGAUGGCUCAGGACGUGCCCUGAAACGGCGCUGCCAGAGGCCAGUCCCAGUGUCCAGGCGUCUGCGCUGCAGCCCAAGGGUCUCAAGGACAUCUAGGCAGCUGGCCACGCCGGGGCCUCGGGGAGUCACAGAUAAGCACCUGAGAUGCUGACACGAGGCUGCUGUGUGAUGUCAGCUCCCCAGCAGACCCCGCCUACCAUGGACCCGGACCCCCAGGCCGGCGUGCAAGUGGGCAUGCGCGUGGUGCGCGGAGUGGACUGGAAGUGGGGCCACCAGGACAGCGGCGAGGGCGGCGUGGGCACCGUGGUGGAGCUCGGCCGGCACGGCAGCCCCUCAACCCCUGACCGCACGGUCGUCGUGCAAUGGGACCACGGCACUCGCACCAACUACCGUGCCGGGUACCAGGGCGCCCACGACUUGCUGCUCUACGACAACGCCCAGAUUGGCGUGCGCCACCCCAACAUCAUCUGUGACUGCUGCAAGAAGCACGGGCUACGGGGCAUGCGCUGGAAGUGCCGCGUGUGCUUCGACUAUGACCUGUGCACGCAGUGCUACAUGCACAACAAGCACGACCUCAGCCACGCCUUUGAGCGCUACGAGACUGCCCACUCGCGACCCAUCACCCUGAGCCCCCGCCAGAGCCUCCCAAGGAUCCCUCUGAGGGGCAUCUUCCAAGGGGCAAAGGUGGUGCGAGGCCCCGACUGGGAAUGGGGCUCUCAAGACGGAGGAGAAGGGAAGUCGGGCCGUGUGGUGGACAUCCGUGGCUGGGAUGUGGAAACAGGCCGGAGCGUGGCCAGUGUGACGUGGGCUGAUGGCACCACCAACGUAUACCGUGUGGGCCACAAAGGCAAGGUGGACCUCAAGUGUGUGGGCGAAGCAGCCGGUGGUUUCUACUAUAAGGAGCAUCUCCCAAGGCUUGGCAAGCCUGCAGAGCUGCAGCGGAGGGUGAGUGCAGACGGCCAGCCCUUCCAGCACGGAGACAAGGUCAAGUGCUUGCUGGACACAGACGUGCUGAGGGAGAUGCAGGAAGGGCAUGGCGGGUGGAACCCCAGGAUGGCUGAGUUUAUCGGACAGACGGGCACCGUGCACCGGAUCACAGACCGUGGGGACGUGCGUGUGCAGUUCAGCAAUGAGACCCGCUGGACCUUCCACCCAGGGGCGCUCGUCAAGCACAACUCCUUCUGGGCGGGCGACAUGGUCCGCGUCAUCGAUGGCCUCGAUGCAGUGAAGCGGCUGCAGGCCGGGCACGGCGAGUGGACGGACGACAUGGCCCCUGCCCUGGGCCGAGUCGGGAAGGUGGUGAAGGUGUUCGGGAACGGGAAUCUACGGGUGGCGGUUGGCGGCCAGUUAUGGACCUUCAGCCCCUCCUGCCUGGUGGCCUACCGGCCCGAGGAGAAUGCCAACCUGGAUGUAGCCGAGCGCGCCCGGGAAAACAAAAGCUCUCUGAGCGUGGCCCUGGACAAGCUCCGGGCACAGAAAAGUGACCCAGAAAACCCUGGGAGACUGGUGGUGGAGGUGGCCCUGGACAAUGCGGCCCGGGUGCUGGACCUGCUGCGGCGGCACCCAGAGCUGGUGGACACCAAGAACCAGGGCCGGACCGCUCUACAGGUGGCUGCCUACCUGGGCCAGAUGGAGCUCAUGCGGCUGCUGCUGCAGGCGCGGGCAGGUGUGGACGUGCCAGACGAAGAGGGCAACACAGCGCUGCACUACGCAGCCCUGGGCAAUCAGCCAGAGGCGGCCUGUGUCCUCCUGAGUGCGGGCUGUAAUGCCGACGCCCUCAACGGCUCCCGGAGUGCAGCCCUGCACGUGGCCGUGCAGAGGGGCUUCCUGGAGGUUGUGCGUGUGCUGUGUGAUCGAGGGUGCAACGUCAACUUACCUGAUGCCCAUGCCGACACACCCCUGCACUGCGCCAUCUCGGCAGGCGCCGGCGCCAGUGGCAUCGUGGAGAUUCUCACUGAGGUGCCAGGCAUCGAUGUCACUGCCACCAAUAGCCAGGGCUUCACGCUGCUGCACCACGCCUCACUCAAGGGCCACGUGCUAGCGGUCCGGAAGAUCCUGGCACGAGCCCGGCAGCUGGUGGAUGCCAGGAAGGAGGACGGCUUCACUGCCCUGCACCUGGCUGCCCUCAACAACCACCGAGACGUGGCGCAGAUCCUUGUCCGAGAGGGUCGCUGUGACGUGAACCUGCGCAACCGGAAACUCCAGUCCCCGCUGCACCUGGCUGUGCAGCAGGCCCAUGUGGGGCUGGUGCCCCUGCUGGUGGAGGCUGGCUGCAGCAUCAAUGCUGAGGAUGAGGACGGGGACACUGCCUUGCACGUGGCCCUCCAGCGCCACCAACUGCUGCCUUUGGCAGCUGAUGGGGCCGGGGGGGACCCAGGGCCCUUGCAGCUGCUGUCUAGGCUGCAGGCCUCAGGCCUCCCAGGCAGCGCGGAGCUGACGGUGGGCGCGGCGCUUGCUUGCUUCCUGGCGCUGGAGGGUGCCGACGUGAGCUAUGCCAACCACCGCGGCCGGAGCCCGCUAGACCUGGCUGCAGAGGGCCACGUGCUUAAAGCCCUGCAGGCCUGUGCUCAGCGAUUCCGGGAGCGGCAGGUGGCAGAGGGCUGCGGUGGCGGGGGCGCGGUGGGUGGACGUCAUGUGCUCAACACGCCCAAUACGGUGACCAACCUGCAUGUGGCGGCAGCGGGACCUGAGGCCGCUGAGUGCCUGGUGUGCUCGGAGCUGGCCCUGUUGGUGCUCUUCUCGCCGUGCCAGCACCGCACGGUGUGCGAGGAGUGUGCCCGCCGGAUGAAGAAGUGCAUCAGGUGCCAGGUGGCCAUCAGCAAGAAGCUGCGUCCAGAUGGCACGGAGGUGGCCAGCGCCCAGCCUGCUCCCGGGCCGCCACGGCAGCUGGUGGAGGAACUGCAGAGCCGCUACCGGCAGAUGGAGGAGCGCAUCACCUGCCCCAUCUGCAUCGACAGCCACAUCCGCCUCGUGUUCCAGUGUGGCCACGGCGCCUGCGCGCCCUGCGGCGCCGCGCUCAGCGCCUGCCCCAUCUGCCGCCAGCCCGUUCGCGACCGCAUCCAGAUCUUCGUGUGAGCCGGCUUGCCGGCCCCCUCACCCCUCUGCCACCAUGUUUUAUAAAAGG